AAAUCCUGGAUAGAAAAUACUUUCACGAAGAGGGAGUGUGUGUAUAUUAUACCAAGUUCAAAAGACCCCCACAGAUGCCUUCCAGGAUGUCAGAUUUGUCAGCAGCUUGUCAGGUGCUGUUGUGGUCGCUUGGUCAGACAACAUGCUUGUUUUACUGCAAGUCUUGCUAUGAAAUACUCCGAUGUGAAGCUGGGUGAAAACUAUAAUCAGGAAAUAGAAGAAUGGUCAGUGGAAAAACAUACAGAACAGACCUCUACUGAUGCUUACGGUGUCAUCAACUUUCAAGGUGGCUCUCAUUCUUACAGGGCUAAGUAUGUGCGAUUGUCGUAUGACACUAAGCCUGAAGCUAUUCUGCAACUUAUGCUUAAAGAAUGGCAGAUGGAGUUGCCAAAGCUUGUUAUAUCUGUACAUGGGGGCAUGCAGAAAUUUGAACUUCACCCACGCAUCAAACAGUUGCUUGGCAAAGGUCUCAUUAAAGCUGCAGUAACAACAGGAGCCUGGAUUAUAACUGGAGGAGUGAACACAGGUGUUGCAAAACAUGUUGGUGAUGCUUUAAGAGAACAUGCUUCCAGAUCAUCUCGAAAGAUUUGCACUAUUGGGAUUGCUCCGUGGGGAGUGAUUGAAAACAGAAAUGACCUUGUUGGAAGAGAUGUGGUUGCUCCAUAUCAAACCUUGUUAAACCCAUUAAGUAAACUGAAUGUCCUAAAUAACCUCCAUUCCCAUUUCAUUCUGGUGGAUGAUGGAACAGUUGGAAAGUAUGGGGCAGAAGUUAAAUUGCGGAGAGAACUGGAAAAAACUAUUAAUUUGCAACGGAUCCAUGCAAGAAUUGGCCAAGGUGUGCCUGUGGUGGCACUUGUAUUUGAAGGUGGCCCCAAUGUCAUACUCACGGUUUUAGACUUCCUUCAAGAGAGUCCUCCAGUGCCAGUGGUAGUCUGUGAAGGAACUGGUAGAGCUGCAGAUAUAUUGGCGUAUGUUCACAAGCAGACAGAGGAGGGAGGGUAA